UAUCUGUAUAGAGAACUGCGCUGCUGCUGCUCGAGCAGCAACACUGCAGCAGCCACCUAAAUUCUCCGACGCCAUAUCUCCUCAGUGCAACACACCACUAUUCGGAGCGUGCAUUUUUUAAUCGUGUCGCGCCACACGCAACAUGUAGACUGCGUCGAUCAUGGAGUCGACACGGUGAAGCUCGUCGUCGUCGCUGCGACUCUUUGUUCUCUCGGGAAAAGCCCUCCUCCGACGCAGCGCUAGCUCCUCUCCUCUCUCACUCUCUCCGCGACCGUCGUCUUAUCGAUCGACUUGCUACCGAGUGUCUACUUUGAUUGUGUUGUGUUGCCCGAUGCGUCCGGGACGAGCAUCAUUGGUGAAUAAACGCCGGUGGAGCUGUCGCCGAGGAGAAGAGUCUCGUGGGAGUAGCUACUGCUGGCAGUAAUGGUGGCUCGGCUGGAGAAGCUGCGUUGAGAGCGAAAGAAAUAGGUGCACAUAAGAACGAAUCGCGAGACGAAUACACAACAUGGAAGUCGUCGGGGAUUACGAGUACAACACGAAGGACCUCAUUGGUCACGGCGCCUUCGCCGUCGUCUUCAAGGGCAGGCAUCGCAAGAGAACUAAUUUUGUAGUGGCCAUUAAAAGUAUUACCAAGAAGAGUCUAGCCAAAUCUCAAAAUUUGCUUGGCAAGGAAAUCAAGAUAUUAAAGGAGUUAACAGAAUUGCAUCAUGAAAACGUGGUGGCUCUAUUGGACUGUAAGGAGUCUAAUCAUAAUGUCUUCCUUGUUAUGGAAUACUGCAAUGGUGGGGAUCUUGCGGAUUAUCUAGGAGCAAAAGGAACACUGUCUGAAGACACUAUCAGAGUAUUUCUAAAGCAGUUGGCUGGAGCAAUGAAAGCGUUGCAUGCCAAAGGAGUUGUUCACAGAGAUCUGAAACCACAAAAUAUUUUGCUCAGUCACAGUUGUGGAAAGAUGUGCCCUCAACCUCAUCAGAUUACUCUCAAAAUUGCUGAUUUUGGUUUUGCGCGAUUUCUACAAGAUGGUGUUAUGGCCGCAACUCUUUGCGGCUCUCCUAUGUACAUGGCUCCCGAAGUCAUUAUGUCGCUGCAGUACGACGCAAAGGCUGACCUUUGGUCUUUAGGAACUAUAGUUUUUCAAUGUCUCACUGGAAAAGCUCCAUUUCAGGCGCACACACCUCAAGCUUUGAAAAUGUUCUACGAAAAGAAUGCCAAUCUUGGCCCAAAAAUUCCACCAGGAACUUCACCAGAAUUGUCGAACCUCUUGAUGGGACUUUUGAGGCGCAACGCUAGAGAUAGGAUGCCCUUUGACGAAUUUUUCAGUCACCCUUUCCUGCAAGGACCGAGACAAAGUCCGAGUCCGCUUCCGGUGGAGUUGCCUGCAUCUCCCGGAACGCUACCUGCACCUGAAAGUACGGCUUGCGACACUAGGUCCGGUCAAGAAACCAACAGUCCUUGCUCCAGUCCAGAGGAUGAUUUUGUACUUGUACCCAGUGAUCUCAGUAGUGACACGGACAACAAUCCCAAUCCACUACAAAUCAAGUACACGAAGCAGAGCAGUCGCGAAGCAGCGGCGAGUCCGCCAAGACCGUGCUACCUGCCGAUCUCCGAGCCGAUUCCCGUACCGACGACACACCAGCGCAGUGUUGCUCAUAGUGGUGGUGGUGUAGGCUCUGGGUUCCCGGUGUCGGCGAACAGAUCGUCGGCGGGUAAUAGCGUUGUGCCACGCAGCCAACCGAUCAGCAUGAAGAGGAGCACCGACUCGCACAGGAAUCACGCGGCAGCGGACAUUGGUUCGCUCAGCCCACCGAGUGUACAGUUCGUCAUCGGCACACCGCCCAGUCGCAGGCUAAGCGAAACUCCUCCUCCACCCAACACAUGGCAAGUAAGCCCAGUGGCAAGGCACUCCCAUACGUCAAGUGGUACGUCGCCUUUGAGACGCUCAGCUGGAGCGAAUAGUGCUUCGUCGCCGUUGCUUACCGGACCUCUGGCGGUCCUGGGUUCGCCGACGACUAGAGCUCUGCACGACAACAAUAACACGCUGAGGCAAUCGCCUAUCAUACCCUUCGGCACUAGGGCCGUUACUUUACCUGAGAUUUCGGAAUUUCUCGCAAACGCAGAGGCUGGCAGCUUCCACAAUCUCUUCCCGGAGCUGAGUUCGAUGGCUAGUGACGAGCGGCCGCUGACCUUUAUCGCACCGGAGCUGCCCGAGGAGACGCUGCUUGAGCGCGAGCACAACGAGAUACUGGCCAAGCUCAACUUUGUGGUUGCGCUCUGUGAGUGCGUCUGCGAAGUCGCCAGGACGAGGGCUGGACCGCUGGGCGCACCCUUGGGAGCUAUCGACCAGCCGAGCAACGCUGCUACGAGGCGCAGGGCCGAACAGGUGAUACUGUUGGUCAGGGCAUUGCAGUGGCUCAGUUCAGGACUGAGCCUUGCGACACAGCAACUGAAGGCUGGCAGGCUGCAGCCAACAGCCAGCGUCAAGGAGGUUGUGAAUACAAUGAACGAGAAGUUUAGGGCUUGUUUAGCUGAGUGCAAGCAAUUAAAUAGCGCUGGACUGCUCCGGCAAACUGGAGCGACAGCAGAUAAAAUCCUUUAUAAUCACGCUAUACAAAUGUGCCAGUCAGCAGCGCUGGAUGAACUAUUCGGCAACCCCGCUGAGUGUUUCCAGAGGUAUCACACAGCGCAGAUCCUGCUGCACUCUUUAUCGCAACACGUUAGUCAUAGUCAAGACAGAGCUCUUCUUAUCAAAUAUAAAGACGCCGUUGAGAAACGCUUGUACGUCCUGCAGCAGCAAGGCUACAUUUACGCAACAGAUCCAACGUAGCGCAUAUGACAAAUCUCAACAACAGAGUGCAAUUUCCCGCCCAAGUCCAACACAUAUUCGAUUCACGCUAUCUUUUUAAGGAACUUACUAAUGGAUGAGCGGAGACGACGAAGCUGAAAAGCAAGAAAAUUAAACAAAGUACGAUGGGGAUUCUUUUUAGUUUAUUUACAUGAUUUAUUAACUGAGGAUGCGAGUAGUGACCUUUGGAUUAUACAUAUAUAUAUACAUACGAAUAUGUUGUAAUGUAUCUACAGAUGUUUAUUUAACCUUUAUUUCGUAUCGAUUAAUAAAUACGCGUAUAUUGAAAUGGAAAUGAA